AGACGUGUUCUGAAACACAACGUUUCCUCAGCGCACUCACACACAUUUCUGUGCGUGCGACCGAAGGGGAAUGAUGAUUUUACCAUGCCUGAGAGCACCGCUCUGAAAUGUGUGGAGAAAGGGGAGAAAGUGGAUUUAUUUUUAUUGAAACCGAGCCAGUGUGGAAGGGGGGAAAUCGCAGAGUGAGCGUUGCACAUUCCUGCGCGCGGUGCGGUGCUUUUUCCCCUUUAAAACCGUGCAGCUUGCCUGCUCUUUCUUCAGUGGAAUAACAAGCCGUCUCCACCGAUUAUCUCCGCUCUCUGUGAAAAGGACUGCUUCUGGAAAGCGGGUUCGGUUCCGGAGGAGAAAGUCCGCGAGGUGCAGCGACCGGGCGGCUCGUCGUGACUUCAUCAGAACCCCUCGCCUGUCGACGAAGCGCUUCCUGCGGUGGCCAGUUGCUAUGGGAACUGCAGGGGAGUGAAAUGGAACUUCCUAGUCAGGGACUCGUCAGGUCUUGGUGGGACUUGUACAGGCAUGGCUGUGACUUCCAGUCAGUGCUUAGACGUAGCCGAGGUUAGUCAGGUACGUAGCCCAAAGCGCUUGCUCCUCCCGGAGCCCAGGACACAAUGAGCCUGAAGAAGAGGCUCUCGUUCAAGAAAGUGUGGUACUUCAACACGUCUGCAGCGGUCUCCGAUGGUGAGCUGAACAGUGCGGACCUGCAGGGCUGCGGCAGUGAGAACAGUCUGAACAGCAAUGCCAGCCUGCCCAGCGUGCAGAGCCACCGGCGGCACACGGAGCGCCGGGUGGCCAGCUGGGCCGUGUGCUUCGAGCGCCUCCUGCAGGACCCCGUGGCCGUGCGCUACUUCUCCGAGUUCCUGAAGAAGGAGUUCAGCGAGGAGAACAUUCUGUUCUGGCAGGCCUGCGAGUUCUUCAGCCACGUACCUGAGACGGACAAGAAGCAGCUGUCUCAGAGAGCGCGUGAGAUCUACAACAGCUUCCUGUCCAGCAAGGCCACCACGCCAGUCAACAUCGACAGCCAGGCCCAACUGGCCGACGACAUCCUCAACGCCCCCCGCCCCGACAUGUUCAAGGAGCAGCAGCUGCAGAUCUUCAACCUGAUGAAGUUUGACAGCUACACGCGCUUCCUCAAGUCCUUCCUGUACCAGGAGUGCAUGCUGGCGGAGGUGGAGGGGCGACCCCUGCCUGACCCCUACCACAUCCCCAGCAGCCCUGCCUCCAAGCACAGCACCAGCUCUGAACGCUCCACGCUGUCCACACCCAGAAAGGAGGAUAAGAAGUCCAAGUCCGGCCGGUCUCUGAACGACGACAGCCGGGAUGAGCACGGCGAUAAGCGGAAAGGGAUUUUCUUCUCCUGGUCUCGAAACCGGAGCUUCGGAAAAGGACCCAAGAAGAAGGAGCUCACCGACUUCAAUUACAAUUUCUCGGGCAGUAACGGAAGGCGGGAAUCUCAGGGCUCUCUGUCGUCGGGAGCGAGUCUGGAGCUGGCCACGUGCAGCUCGGGGGGAAAGAACGAGGGGGACGUGUCGAGGCACUCCAUGUCGCUGUUGGAGAGGGAGCGCGUUCACAGACACUGCAGCAUCAACAUGCCUGACGGCUCGUGCUCCUCCGUGCCCCUGCGCCCUGGCGUCUCUGUCAGGGAGGUGCUCCUGGGCCUCUGUGAGAAGAUGGGGAUCAACCUGGCCGCUGUGGACCUCUUCCUGGUCGGGGGAGAGAAGCCCCUGGUUAUGGACCAAGACUGCAUGACUUUGAGCGCUCGGGACCUAAGAUUAGAGAAACGCACGUUGUUCAGAUUGGACCUGGUGCCCAUUAACCGGUCCGUGGGUCUGAAGGCCAAGCCCACCAAGCCCGUCACAGAGGUCUUGAGGCCCGUCGUGGCCAAAUAUGGCCUCCACCUGGCAGACCUGGUCGCUACGGUGAGCGGGGAGAGGGAGCCUCUGGACCUGGGCGUGCCCAUCUCUAACCUGGACGGCCUCAGAGUGGUGCUGGACGUGGCCGACCACGCCCUGGGGAAAGACAAGCAGAAACUCGUCGCAACGAAAAGCCACGCCCCCUCUACGACGGCAAGAAGCCAAGCGGCAACAGGCGAUGAGUGUCCGUCAGGAAAGUGCUCUUCUGUGAAAGCCAGAGGGGAGAGCGGGAAGGCCGCCAGGGACCCGCCCAAAUUCACACAGGACCAAUCAGGGGGUAAAGAGAGGAGAAAGCACAAACACAUUAAUAUAGACGAAGCCGAAGAGUUCUUCGAGCUCAUAUCCAAAGCUCAGAGCAACCGAGCCAACGACCAGCGAGGUCUGCUGAACAAGGACGACCUGGUGCUGCCGGACUUCCUGCGGCUGGCGGCCGAGCCGUCCUGCUCCACGCCGCGGCGGGGGAAGGAGAACGGCGGGGCCCUCUCCUCCACCCACCACUGCCUGAGCCUGGACUCCCCCGCCCCCGGCCCCGGCCUCGGCCUGUCCCCCAUCCCCCGGGCCCCCCCGCCCUGGAAGGGCCACAGCGUGCAGAUGCUGGAGGACGAGAGCAUGGGCGAUUUGACUCUGGUGGGCGAGGGUGACAUCACCAGCCCCAACAGCACGCUGCUGCCCCCCUCCCCUGUGCCCGGCCUGUCCCACACCCGCCACGCUCCCCCCUCGGACAGCCGCACAGACCCCCGGUCCAGCUCAGGUACAUCAGGAGUGUGACCCCACCCCCUGUGUGCAGUGCUCUGAGCCCGGGACCGGCACCAGCUGUCCGUCUUCCCCUGACCCCGCCCCCUGUGUGUGUCGUGUGCAGUGCUCUGAGCUGAGGACUCCUCCCACUUUACUGACUCUAAUGCACUUUAUAUUCUACACAAAAUAAACUCUUUCCCUGCUUCUUUUUCUGUAUUUUUUAUUUUUUUCCCCAUUAUAUAUUUCUCAAUAAUGAACCGAAUAGUUUUUGGAAUUUGUGUUCUGACAAUCAGUAAAGACGUGUUUCGCGAGACAGAUGUUUACAGGAACGUAUAACGCUACACUGCCCCAGACUCGCAGGGGGACUGAAACGUCUCCCCUGCGGAAGACCUCGAGGCGUGCUCGUGAUGCUGAGCAGAGGGGGGGAGGGGGGGGUGGCCCCGCUCCUGUGCGUAAAAGCACCGCCUCGUGCCCCAGAGGGGAGAGUGGCGGUCAGCAGGUUUCCCGGAGACCGCCAGCGAUCAAACGUGUUUCCCUGUGGGUGACCGCGGUGCUGUCCGGGCCGAACAAAACUGGACCGCCGCUCAAAGCUGUUUUGUUUUUGUUUUUUUCAAGCAGGUGUUUCAAAUGAAUUUUGUAAAUUAUGUCAAUUAUUUGAAAAAAAAAAGUUCUCGUAAUGGUACUGAGUUCUUGUAUUUUUGGAAAAAAAAGUUUUGUCCCCCCCCCCCUCUCCGGUUCCUCGGUAAAAUGCAAUUCAACAAUGUCUGUACAUGGGUCUCCAUUUUGCCAACUUCUCUAGUCACACCUAUUUUAUAUAUUUUAUUCUGUAAUAUAUUCCUGAGAAGGUAAAUAAUUUAUCCCUGUUAUUUUUAUUUACUGUUUAGCACUGCUCAGUGAAAAGUAAUAAGUAUGUACAUACAGUAGUUAUUUUUUAGAACUAAUGUCAUUGUUGAAUUGCAAUCUCUCUCUGCAUAAUUCUCAUCUCCAGUAGAUGAUUUCUGUAGAUUCCUUUGCUGAUGAAUUUAUUUCCUGUGUGUGAUUAGAUUGAAUAAAUGUUAGAAGUCAAAUCACAAAUCUGCCUUCUGUAAGAUGGUGAUCUGUAGCUGACUUCCUGCUGAUUUAA